UUUCCCUGCGGCGCAGCCUCUCCGCCAGAGCCGCGGGCCUUCGGAGCAGCCGGGGGCUUCUCAGCACCCGGGCGCCAGGGCCCUCGCCCUUGCCCUUCCGCAGCCUUGACUCCAGCCCUCCGCUCCCGCAAGUCAUGAGGUUGCCCUUCUACCGCUGCCAGAACACCACCUCGGUGGAAAAGGGCAACUCGGCGACGAUGAGCGGGGUGCUCUUCAGCACCGGCCUCCUGGGCAACCUGCUGGCCCUGGGGCUGCUGGCGCGCUCUGGGCUGGGGUGGUGCCCACCGCGUCCACCGCGCCCGCCGCCCUCGGUCUUCUACGUGCUGGUGUGCGGCCUGACGGUCACCGACUUGCUGGGCAAGUGCCUCCUGAGCCCCGUGGUGCUGGCUGCCUACGCUCAGAACAGGAGCCUGCGGGUGCUUGAGCCUGCAUUGGACAACUCGCUGUGCCAAGCCUUCGCCUUCUUCAUGUCCUUCUUUGGGCUCUCCUCGACACUGCAACUCCUGGCCAUGGCACUGGAGUGCUGGCUCUCCCUAGGGCACCCCUUCUUCUACCAACAGCACAUCACCCUGCGCCGGGGAGCGCUGGUGGCCCCGGUGGUGAGCGCCUUCUGCCUGGCUUUCUGCGCUCUACCUUUCGUGGGCUUCGGGAAGUUCGUGCAGUACUGCCCCGGGACCUGGUGCUUUAUCCAGAUGGUCCACGAGGAGGGCUCACUGUCGGUGCUGGGCUACUCCGUGCUCUACUCCAGCCUCAUGGCGCUGCUGGUCCUUGCUACCGUGAUGUGCAACCUGGGCGCCAUGCGCAACCUCUACGAAAUGCACCGGCGGCUGCAGCGGCACCCGCGCUCCUGCACCAGGGACCGCACCAAGCCCCAUGCCAACGGGAGGGAAGCGUCCCCGCAGCCCCUGGAGGAGCUGGAUCACCUCCUGCUGCUGGCGCUCAUGACCGUGCUCUUCACUAUGUGUUCCCUGCCCGUAAUUUAUCGUGCUUACUAUGGAGCAUUUAAGGAUGUCAAGGAGAAAAACAGGACCUCUGAAGAAGCAGAAGACCUCCAGGCCUUGCGUUUUCUAUCUGUGAUUUCAAUUGUGGACCCUUGGAUUUUUAUCAUUUUCAGAGCUCCAGUAUUUCGGAUGUUUUUUCACAAGAUUUUCGUAAGACCUCUUAAGUACAGGAACUGGUGCAGCAAUUCCACUAACAUGGAAUCCAGCCUGUGACAGUGCUUUUCACUCCGUGGUAAGCUGAGGAAUAUGGCACAUUUUCAGUCAAAGAACCAUGAUUUAAAAAAAAAUCUUACAAUUUAAAUCCUUAAAAGUUAACUCCCAUAACAAAAGCAUGUAUAUGUAUUUUCAAAAGUAUUUGAUAUAUCUUAACAAUGAUUUGUCAUUCAAUAGUCAGGAACCCCUUCAGUGCAUUUUCAUUUUGUUAUUAACAGCAACUAAAAUUUCAUAUAUUGUAACCAAUGUUAAAAGUCGUAAAAAGCAAUGGUAUUAAUUGUCCCUACAUUUGUACUUGGUGGCCCUAAUUUUUUUAGAGAGGUGUUGAGAUGUAUGGGUCUUUUAAAAUAUAGUAGAAACACCACCGUUUAUGAUUAUGUGAUGGGGGCGUUCUUAAAAAGGACAAUUUCUUACCCUAUUCAUUUUUGGUGAAACCUCAUUCAUUGAGCUUAUAUCAUCAAUGCCCCUAUUUAGUUCAUCUCUUUGCCAAUUGAUCUAAGCAUAGCCUGAAUUAUGAUGUUCCUCAGAGAAAUGAGGUGGGAAAUAUGACCACGUCAGGCAGCUGAAGGGGCUUCCCCAGCCACGAUCCGGGAAUACUUGCUGCCUCAUGAGGAGACCUAAAGCUAUAACUAGACACAGAGCAAGAUAUGACUAUAGCCCACAACCCAAAGAAGCAAAAAUUCAUUUUUAUCUUUUGAAGUCCAGUUUCUUUUGUAUUGAGUCAAGGCUGUCAGUAGGAAUCAAACUUUGGGGGUGGGUUACAAAAUGUUCUUUCAGUUUUUAGAACCUUCAUUUUAUAAAAGGUUUAUCCUAUCGAUGGAUUCCUGGGUGGAAGGAUUUAUGCUUCUUUGAAAAUCAGUAUGUGACUUACUGUAGAGUCACGUUCACUGUUUGACUGUGUGGCGCAGUGGGGCAUCUGGCACAGCGAAAAGCCCACACAGGACUUGGUCAGCCUCAGUUGAAGAUGACAAUGGCCAUAACAUCUACCUUAACAGCUACUUAUUACAGCCAUAUUCUGCUUUGUGGAGACAGUAAGACCUUAGGUUCCAAGAUCUACUUCAAAUUACACUUUCAAAACUGGAGCAGGAUAUAGCUGCAAAAGAGCACAACUGAGCACUUUAAUAGCAAUUUAAAAGUUUACAAGGGUCAGCAACAUGAUGACCUAAAGAGAAAAGUGGAGGAAACGCGGCUGCAACUGAAAUGGAGACUCUAAACCCAGCUUGCAGGUAAGAGCUUUCGCCUUUGGUAAAAGAACAGAUCGGAGAGGUUAGAGGGGUUUCAGCACCUCUGGAGUUCCUUUGGAUCCGACACUCUCUCUGGGACUCCGAGAUGCAAAGCCUGCUACAUUUGCAUAGUCUCAAGACUUCUAGCCGGAAGUCCCUUCCAAAGACAAGAGUACUCAUGUUUACCUAUUUUCAACUUAGCGGCAACCUCAUUUGUUUCAACUCUGGUUUUUCUAGUAUCUCAGAGAUAGUAUAAAGCUGGAUACAUGUAUAUAAUUUUUUUGGUAUAGCAAAACUGUGAAAAAGGCAAAUUAGGAAUACAAGAGGUAUAAUUUGACAAUAACAUGAUGAAAAAAAUGUAGUUGUUUUUGAAAUUUCACUUUGGUUUGUAUCUUCUACGUGUAAGUACAUGUGUGUUUUAUUGUCAGAGGAAGAACAUUUUUGGGGAGGUGUGUUACGAUAAUUGUCCAGUUAAUUUGAAAAGUCUCCAGAUGAAUCAAUAAAUAUAAUUUUGUAAUAUUUUGUCAAGGCAAUUACUUUUCUUUGAAUGAAAGAAAAGGGCUUGGUUUUCUUUUUUAAGCAGUUGCAAUAUUUCAUUGUCUAGCAGUUCCAUAGUGUGAAUUUUUAUAUACUGUCUAAUUAACACUUAUGUUACUUUAAACAAGCUUUCAUAGACUUAGCUAAGGACUUAGUGCUCCUUUUUGUUUUAUACAAAAUGUAGCUACAUCAUCUAGAUGAAGUCCCUGUUGAGUUAAAACCAACUCUUCAGUGAUGUUCAUAUAUUUAUUCAUUAAUUCAUUAAAAAAUUGAUGGAGACCUUGUGCUAGACCUUGUGCUAGUUGGUUAGAUGCUGAGGAAAAGAAUAAAAAUAAGACUCAGUCAUGGUUCAUGAGUUGCUCGUUGUCCACUAGGGAGAGAGGAGUGUAAACAAUUAGGAUACAGUAUAGAAAUCCUCCAUAGUAUUGUGAGUGGGCAUUUAUUAUUAGAAGAGGAGGCCCAAACUAGGAGCCACGUAUAGGGUUGUCAGGAGAACUUCACAGGAAUAAGAUGCAUUGAAAGUCAAGUAUUGAAAAUGAGUAGGAAUUUUGACUCUGAUUGAAAACUGAAAAGAACACAAAGAGAAAGUUUACAUAAGAGACAAUACAUGUGGUUAAUAAAUGUAGAAAAAUAUUCAGCCUAAUCAAAGAAAUGCGAAAAUAAAAUCAAAUUAUAUAGGACCUAACAAAACAAAACAAAACAAACUAUGACUCUGAAUAACAGAGGUUAUUCAGAGAGGAACAUUCAUGUUCUCCUGGCGAGCUCAUAAAUGUGUAUACCCUUUCUUGAUCGAAACCCAACAGCGUAUCAAGAGCCUAAAGGGUUAUUUUCUGUUGUUCCAGUAAUUCCAUUCUAGCAUUCUCUUGCAGAAAAUCAUCAGUAGUCCUGGACAAGCCGCAGUAACAUCACCUGACACUUACUACAAAUGCAAAUUCUUCAGCUCCACCUCAGACCUGCUGAAUCAGAAUCCCUUGGGCGGGGCCAGCAAUCAGGGCUUUAACAUGCCCUCCAGGUGAUUCUCAUGCAUGUUAAUGUUUGAGAACCACUGCUCUACCCAAAACAAAUAAAGAAAAUACCAAAAAAAGACAAGAAAAUAUGUGAUAGACUGUUUCUCUGACCUCUGAUUCUCAGAUCCUUUGAGGUGCAGAUACUCUCUCACACCUGAACUUCCUCAGUGUUUUUAUCUGUAAUGUUCUUAGGGAAGUUACAGCUUUUAAAUAUCUUUCAACAGUGGCAGCCAUUGCUGAUUCUUUCCCAAGUUUGAGGCUCUGAUAGCAUUGAUAAGACUGGUCUUGCUCAUCUGGAGGUAAAGAUGCUACCUCAGCAGUGAUAUUUCUUUGGCCUUCUGCAAACACUUACUGGGCACUAAGCCUGAUGUUGUUCCCUUGUGAAAGAAGAUAAACUAAAGAGCCUUCAUUUAUGAAAAUAUUGUCAACGAUUGUAUCUAAAGUGAGCUUUCAUUAGGGAUUAAUAUUUUCUAGCCUCUCUAUGGGAGAGAAAUUUCCACUGAAAUAUGUAAAGCUAUUUUCAAACUUUCAUAAUUUGACUCGUAUAUUUUCAGGAAAAUAUUAUACGUUUCAUCUUUCUUUCCAGGCAUUAAAAUCCUUGUGGACUAGUCAUCUAUUUUUUUUUUCCAUUUCUCUUAGUAGUUCAAACAUUUACUGUAGAAGAGCUAUAAAUAUACCACAGCUAUAUUGAAUAAAAGGUGUUCUCUCUCAUGAUAAUCCUAAAACAUAUGUCUAGUCAAUAAAAGGCUGCUGUAUGGCUUGG